UUGGCAGUGGCACUUUGGUUAUUUUGCGGUAAUCAAGGGCGGUUUCGGUAGUUUGCUGCAACUUGUUUACUCUUUUUUCUCCUUCUUUUCUUCCCCCAACCAUUGACGAAGUCUUUUCUGUUCAUUUUCUUUUCGAUCUUUCUUCGAGAGGUUUCUUCGAGUUGGAGAAGAUGAAGAAGAGUUGCGAGCUCUGUCAAGGUAUAGCUAAGACUUUUUGCGAGUCUGAUCAAGCCCAUCUGUGUUGGAACUGCGACGCUAAGGUGCACUCGGCCAACUUUCUCGUGGAGCGUCACUCGCGCUUACUGCUCUGCAACGUUUGCCACUCGCCGACGUCGUGGUCGGCUUCCGGCGCCAAACUCGGAUUCGCGGUGUCCUUGUGCGGAAGCUGCGUUGCAGAUACUGGAAGACGACGGAGGCAGGAGGCGGAGGAGAGCCAGGGAGAGAGCCGCGUCGAUGAACCAGGGUACGAAGAUGAUAAUGAUGAUGAUGACGACGAGGACGAUGAAGAGGAGGAUGAGAUCAGUGAUUCGGAGGAUAUUCAGGUGGUUCCGUGGUCAUCAACGCCGCCACCGUCGAUUUCAUCAAGCAGCAGCGAAGAUUCAUCCCACGGCGGCGAGGAGGGAGAAGUUUUCCUGAAACGAUUGCGUGAAACCAAUCCAGAUCCUUUCUCUGAUGAUGAUGAUCGUGGAAGUUCAUUAUUAGGGGAAAACUCCUGUAAAUUGCCGCCGCCGGCUUUUGCUGGUUCAUUGUCAAACGGUAUGACAAGACCCAUGAAGAUCCGGAAACGGGAAGAUAGCCAAAUGGGUCGGUUUGUAUAGAUUCACCGCCGGAAAGAUAGGAUGAUCAGUUUGGAUUUUGAUUUAAUUAUUAUUUUUUUUAUAAUUUAUUUUCAUUUUUUUUUGCCGCGUGUAUAUGGGCAUCGGUUAAAACUUAAGAGUAGAUAAAUUUUAGUUACUCAGUUGUAAUGUAUUUUUUAUUUGCAAUUAAGUUUAUCUAUGAAAAAUAGUUAACAAUUA